CCUCCUCCGCCCGCCCCUCAGUGCAAGGACCCCGUGAACGCCGUGCAAGAGGCCCAAUUGGCGCAGCUGGAUCCCACGGGCGAGCGCCGCGCUCUUUUCGAUUACAGACGGAGUCCUCGCAGUGUCAAGGUCGGAGAUAUCCUGCGGGUGACGUUCAAGAAUGGAGAUCCGUUCUCCGGUGUUUGUUUGAGCAUUCGGUUGCGCGGUAUUGAUACGUCGUUCUUGUUGCGCAACCAGUUGACGAGAGUUGGAGUCGAGAUGUCGAUUAAGGUGUUCAGUCCUAAUGUUGAGAGUGUGGAGAUUGUCCAGAGAGCGGAGAAGAGGAAGAGACGCGCGAGGUUGUAUUACAUGAGGUGCCCCAAGCACGAUAUGGGCAGCGUCGAGAACCUUGUUGCCAACUACCUCCGACAGAAGAGAUCGCUUACCGGAAAGAGGGGCGGUGACCAGACGAAGAGGCGGUAG